AUGUCGCUUUUCGGAGCUGCCACGACCACGACUCCUGCCACUACCGCCAACAAUACCCAGGGCGAUUUGAGCAAAGAUGUAGAGCUCACUUCACCUCCAGAAGACAGCAUCUCGGAUCUCUCGUUCUCCCCCCAGUCCGAGCAUCUUGCUGUGGCUUCCUGGGACAAUAAGGUUCGCAUAUACGAGAUAUCAGAAACAGGUCAAUCGAUGGGAAAGGCUCUAUACGAACAUCAAGGCCCCGUUUUGUCAGUUCACUGGUCGAAGGAUGGGACAAAAGUGGUCUCCGGCGGCGCUGACAAGGCUGCUCGCAUGUACGACCUUACGACCGGCUCGUCUCAACAAGUUGCUGCUCAUGAUGAGCCUGUUCGCUGUGUUCGAAUGUUUCAGGCCCCGAACGCGGGUGAGAUGCUCGUCACCGGAUCUUGGGACAAGACCCUUAAAUAUUGGGAUCUCCGCCAGCAACAACCUGCUGCAACUGUGCAAAUGCAAGAACGUGUAUAUACCCUCGAUGUCUGCCAAGGCUUGCUAGUUACAGGCACUGCAGAUCGACAUAUCAAUGUCAUAAAUUUAGCCAGUCCCACCACAAUUUUCAAAACCAUUCAAAGCCCCCUCAAAUGGCAGACGAGGGUUGUAAGUUGCUUCCCUGAUGCUACCGGGUUCGCGGUUGGAAGUAUUGAAGGAAGAUGUGCAAUCCAAUACGUUGAAGACAAAAAUGCCAAUAUGAACUUUUCGUUCAAAUGCCAUCGAGAAACUCCGUCUUCAGGAAUUGCCAAUGUCUACAGUGUCAAUGACAUAUCGUUUCAUCCCACUUUCGGAACGUUUUCUACUGCUGGGUCAGAUGGAACUUUCCACUUCUGGGAUAAGGAUGCCAAACAUCGUCUUAAAGGGUUCCCAUCUGUCAAUGGGAGCAUUCCAGCGACUGGCUUUAACAGAAACGGUAACAUAUUCGCAUACGCUAUCAGCUAUGACUGGAGUAAGGGACAUCAGUCCAAUACUCCGCAGUAUCCUACCAAGGUCAUGUUACAUCCCAUUAAGGAAGAUGAGGCAAAGCCAAGACCAGUCGCAAAGAAACGGUAG